GGGAGAGCGAUCAGGGGACGGUCCGUCGGGCGCAGAAAGAGCCAGAAAGAAUGUGAAAAUCUCCCACAGAACUAAAAGCUUAAGAAUAUCAUCACAGAGAUGGACAGCAGAGACAGUGGAGCAACCUGGGAAGGGUUGGCGAGUCGUGAUGCUGGCUCCAGAGAUGCAGCCAUGGAGAGCCUUCAUCAGGAGGUGAUGAAGAGAGUGAAGAGUAUAGGACCUGUCCCAGAGACCCCCUACUCCCCCGCAGCCAGCGACCUCAAUCACAUACUGGCACGCAUCCUCAUGCUGUCCAAGAGGUGCCCGUACGACGAUGUGAAGGAAAAGUGCAUCUGGAUCCUCCGGAGCAUUCAGGACAUUGGAGUGCGAAUCCCCAGACCUCUGGGAAACGGACCAAGUAGAUUCAUCCCAGAGAAAGAGAUCCUUCAAGUCAGCAAAGUGGAUGCCAGAACGCAGUCCAUAUUUGAGGAGGCCUUUUCCCUCGGUCGCCUUGAUAACAUCUCUCUGGUGAUGGGCUUCCACCCUCAGUAUCUGGAGUGUUUCCUGAGGACGCAACAUUACCUGUUUCAGAUGGACGGGCCGCUGUCUCUGCACUACAGGCAUUACAUUGGUAUAAUGGCUGCUGCCAGGCAUCAGUGUUCAUACUUGGUCAACCUGCAUGUGAAUGACUUUCUGCACGUUGGGGGGGACCACAAGUGGCUGAACGGUCUUAAGGGAGCCCCUCAGAAGUUGCAGGCACUUGGGGAGCUUAACAAAAUUUUGGCCCACCGGCCGUGGCUCCUCACCAAAACACACAUUGAGAGUCUACUGAAGGCAGAGGAGCAUAGCUGGUCUCUGGCGGAGCUCAUCCAUGCUGUAGUCCUGCUCACGCACUAUCACUCUCUGGCCUCGUUCACCUUUGGCUGUGGGAUCACCCCAGACAUUCACACCGAUGGAGGACACACUUUCAGACCACCCUCCCUCAGCGGCUACUGUGUGUGUGACAUUGCCAACGGAAAUGGUGCACUAGAGGAGAUGCUGGGAAACCACCAGGCAACAGAAGUGUCAGGGGAGGUUGAAGUGCUGAUGGAGAGAAUGAAGCAGCUCCAGGAGUGUCGUGAUGAAGAAGAGGCAAGCCAAGAGGAGAUGGCUACGCGUUUCGAGCGGGAGAAGACUGAGAGCAUGCUGGUGACCACAUCUGAAGAUGAGGAGUGUGUGCCAUCCAGAGAUGUGUCGCGGCACUUUGAGGACACCAGCUAUGGCUACCAAGACUUCUCUAGAAGGGGAGAGCAUGUGCCCACCUUCAGAGUCCAGGACUACAGUUGGGAGGACCAUGGUUUCUCCCUGGUGAACCGGCUGUAUCCAGACGUUGGCCAGCUGCUCGAUGAGAAGUUCCAGAUUGCGUAUAAUCUGACCUACAACACCAUGGCCACGCAUCAGGGCGUAGACACCUCAAUGCUCCGCCGAGCCAUCUGGAACUACAUUCAUUGCAUGUUUGGUAUCAGAUAUGAUGAUUAUGAUUACGGGGAGAUCAAUGAGUUGCUGGACCGCAGCUUUAAAGUCUACAUUAAGACUAUGGUGUGUAGUCCAGAGAAGACAACCAAGAGGAUGUAUGAGAGUUUCUGGAGGCAGUUCCAGCACUCGGAGAAGGUCCAUGUUAAUUUGCUUCUUAUGGAAGCGCGCAUGCAGGCAGAACUGCUCUAUGCUCUAAGAGCUAUCACUCGCUACAUGACAUGAAGUGCUAUUAUCGUUUAUCCUUGUAUUUUUACUGUCGUUGUUGUUGCUUUCGUGGGACACUUCAAUAAAAGUAAAAACAACAAAAAAAGAGGAAAAACAAAAAUGAAACGGAGAAGAGAAGAGGCCGAAAGUGUGGAAGAGUGAAGAUCACCUUUGUGAUGAGUGCUGGAUGCGAAGAAGAAAAAAAAAUCACAAGAAAAGUCACCUGAACGCACUUGCUGACUGAAAUGUGUGAUUACUCGGCCUGCAGUGCCAAAGCCCGCCACAGGGGGGCAUGUCGGCAUACUCCUUGCAUUAGGACAGCCAGAGACUGCAAGCUUAUGGAGGCCAGCCCUCCUUUUAGUGUUUUGAAUGCAUCUACAUUAAGAUGCUACUCAAUCAUAUCUUCUUUUUUGUGCGAUGAAAGGAAGAAGAAAAAAACAAAUCACAACAACUCCAGUAUCUGUGCAGACACACUGCACUAACAUGCCUAACUAUUUACUAUUAUUGUGUUUUUUUGUUUUUUUCUUUUGUUUGUUUUCAUAUCAUUUUUGUAGUGCAGGCGACUGGAGAGGGAAGAGCAUUAUUGAAGCUGCAUAAACGUGUGCCUAGUCUUGAACAGCACUGGAGACUAACGCAGAGGUGCUGUCAGUCAAUGCUGCUUUUCUCAACUGAGAGGCACAAGCCUCCAAACACCCAAACCAUUACCCAUUUUAUAAGCUAACUUGAGGAACGUUUUGUGAUAGAAAGGAUGUGACUGGGAGUGAGAAGUGAUGUGUGUAUGUGUGAGAGAGUAUGUGUGCGCACGCGGAGGGGAGAGAGAUAUUCAAAAGAAAUCGCUGUCUGAGCCCUUGUUUUUUGGUUUACUGUAAGUCACCACUCUGUCUCUGCUUACCUGUGUGUGUUUUAAAAUAUAUAUAUCUGAAACAAAAUGUACCUUAGCCUAUUUUUGUUUAUUUGGUAUUUCAGGCAUAAAAAAUAUCAAAGCACUUUUUUCUGAAAUAUUGAUAUAUGCUUCAGCUAUGAUGUAGCCGUUUUGGGUUUAGUGACCAUUUCCUAAAAUUCACUUUGUGUUUUGUCCAAGUGACAAAUUAGCGAUUUCAAGGAAAAGAAAAAAAAAAGACUAGGAAAAAAGUCUUCCUUUGUGAUGUGCUUCCUGUUGCUCUGGACCCUGCCCCCAACCCCUCACCUGUCUUCCCUUUGCAGCAUGGUCAUCUUAACUCUUUGAAAAGCUAUUGUUUUGUUAUUUUGGAGUUGUCAGUAUAAUGAAAUACCUCUUUGUUAUGUAUCUCUUUAGGUAUCUAAGUGCUCUUUGGCGAGCAGAAACUUUCUCCUUUGUGGGAUUGCCUGGAAGGGGGCUUCAUCCUGUACUUUAAAAAAAGAAAAAGAGCCAGGCUUUCCCAAACGACUGUGCGGUCGUGAGAUAGACAGUGCUUGUUCUUAUUUUCAGAACUUUAACCAGUAUAACUAAGCAGCUUUUUAAUGUCGAGUGUAUGCGCGUGGGCGUGUGUUUGUGUGUAUGCGUGCGUGCAUGUGUGUUAAGCAGGAUAGAUUCUCUGCUGUCUUCUAUUUUUGUUUACUAAAACCAAUCAAGUACUGCAUUCUGAUUGUGGCUGGAACAGUCGGGUGUAGAGUGAUGAGAAGGAGAGAGGGAUGGUACUUUUCCUUUUGGAGAUGGAUGUCAAGAAGCAAUGGAUUUUUUUUUUAUCAAUCUUCAGAGACUGAUGUCAGUUACUGACAUUUUUAUAUAAGAUCACAUUCAACAAAUAAAUAAAUAAAUAAAACAAACAUGAUAUUUAA